CGGAUCUGGAGAGGGGUCAUAACAAAAUGUGUCCCCGACUUAAGCAGCACUCCUGCCUCCGUGUGAUCCCACGUGCGCUUCCAUGGACGAUAAACUGAAGUGAAGCCAAACCGACGAUGGACGCCACCUUCCCGCCGCCGCUGCUGCUCUGGUCCUUGCUGCUGCUCGCCGCCGCACUCCCUCCGACGCGCGCCUCUCUGGAGCCCUUCGACCUGCUGUACGACGCCGCCGUCCAGGCUUUCUACCGCGGCGACUAUGGGAGUGUGGUCCGGUACAUGGAGGGAGCCCUCGGCUCCUACAAAGAGGUCCGGUCCACCAGAGUCCGGUGCCGGCUCAGCUGCCAGGACCAGCAUCAGUUCAGCGGAAGCUUCUCGGACCUGCACUUCUUUGACCUGGUGCUCCGGAGAGCUGAGUGUCUCAACUCCUGCAUCGAGGACAAGCUGGGGGUCCAGUCCCUGCACAGAGUGAGUGAGGAUGUGCUCCAAGACUUCCACCGGAGGAUCCCCUACAACUACCUCCAGAUGGCUUAUCAGAAGCUGAAGCAGCCAGAUAAAGCGGCGGCUGCUGCUCACACGUACUUCCAAGCUAACCCGGAACAUGUCGAGAUGGGUCAGAACCUGGAGCAGUACAAAGACCAGAGGGGAGUUCAGGAGGUGCACUUCAUCGACCGAGAAGCUCGACCACAUCAGCACGCCUUCUCAGCUGCAGUGAAGUUGUACGACACCGGAGACUACGACGGAGCCAUCCAUCUGUUCGAGGACGCUCUGGUUGAGUACUACAAAGCGGAUGUGGAGUGUCGAGCUCUGUGUCAGGGGCCGCAGCGAUUUGAGGGCCACGAUCACAUCCGCUACCGAUACAGCCUCCAUGAACUCAUAUCAGAUCACUUCACCCAGGUGAUACACUGCGAACACGAGUGUGUGCGAGACCUGGCAACCCGUCCCGGACGUCUGUCCCCCAUGGAGAAUUACCUGCCUCUGCACUACGACUAUCUCCAGUUUGCCUACUAUCAUGUGGACAGACUGGAGGAGGCGCUAGAGUGCGCACUCACCUAUCUGCUGUUCCACGAGGGCGAAGAGUUCAUGACGGACAACAGAGAUUUCUACAGAGAGGAGCUGGGACACGAUGGCCGCCCUCGUGAGCAAGCCUCCAGAUACAUGAGGAGACACAAGCAAGAGCUGGAGCUACUUCUGAUCGGCAGUGAGAUAAUGGGAGCAGAGUUCACGGAGGGGAACUACUGGAGCAGCUCGGGUGGCAGGGACGACUCACACAGGAUCCCCUCUGGCACUGACGGUUGGAUGGAGUACGUCCCCAUCUCGGAUAAGAAGGACGGCGCCGUGGCUCCUCCGCAACAGCUCAGAGAAGGUGGUCCGCUGGUGUAUGGCGGCGUGCAGCUGGUGCAGAACUCGGUGGCCUUGAACGGGACUCAGCGCGUGCUGCUGGAUCACGUGAUAUCAGAGGACGAGUGCUCAGCGCUGCAACACCUGGCACAUGCGGUGACUCUGGCCGGAGACGGCUACCGAGGGAGGAUGUCGCCGCACACUCCCAACGAGAAGUUUGAAGGAGCUACUGUGCUCAAAACUCUGAAGUACGGCUACGAGGGUCGAGUGCCCAUGAGGAGCGCGCGUCUCUUCUACGAAGUCAGCGAACGGGCCAGGCACAUCAUCGAGUCCUACUUCCUGCUCAACUCCACCCUGCACUUCUCUUACACUCACCUGGUGUGUCGGACCGCCAUCACAGGGCAGCAGGAUCACAGGAACGACCUGAGCCAUCCCAUCCAUGCCGACAACUGUCUGCUGGACCCUGAAGCCAACGAGUGCUGGAAGGAGCCGCCGGCCUACACCUACAGAGACUACAGUGCGCUGUUGUAUCUAAAUGGAGAUUUCGAAGGAGGCGAGUUCAUUUUCACUGAGAUGGAUGCCAAAACAGUGACGGCGUCCAUUAAGCCCAAAUGUGGGAGGAUGGUGGGUUUCUCCUCUGGAGGAGAGAACCCACACGGCGUGAAGGCUGUCACUCGGGGGCAGCGGUGUGCAGUGGCACUGUGGUUCACCCUGGACCCGCUCUUCAGAGAAUUGGAGAGACUUCAGGCAGACGAGGUGAUCCAGGCCCUGGACACACAGUCAGUCUGGGGUCACGACCUCAACAUCAACCCUAAGGAUGAACUCUAAUAAUCCCGCCGUCCCUGUCCCUGUUAACUAUUUAUUUAAGGAAGAAUUUUGGGUCAGAGCAUUUCUAUUUUUGUACUGUUGGAAGUGCAAGUUUGCUGAUAUUGUUUGUGUUAUUGUUGUUGUUGUGCAUUGCGCCUCACUCCGGUACUUGAGUUUGUGUUCCCUCCAUAAUUUAUGAUCACUGUGAAGGAGCCAAAGACAGACUUGUUGGUUUCUUUGUGCACUCAAAACUUGGUAGUACAACGUCAGUGAUUCAGCAUGUUUAAAACUUCACUUUUCACUUUUCAUGACUGCCAGUAACAUUUCUCCUCAAAGUGCACUGUGUUCUUGUUUUUAGGAAUAUUUUUCAACAGACUAUGUCCAAGCAGUGAAUAUUUAACAAGCGUCUUUGUGUGUUUGUGCGUGGAAUGUCUCUGAAUGUUUCUUUUAUUUAUAUGUUUCCACGGAUUCUGCUGCAACCGUCAGCAUUUUAUAUUUGGAACUUUUGUCAUAAGAGGUGUCAAUCAUUCCUGUUUCAAGGAAUACCAUACGUGUAUGAUCCUUUUGUUUGUGGUGGAUGACCCGGAUGAUAGUUGUGCACUGUGUUGGAGACAAACACGCUUGGUUUGUCGACGUAGCGUCAUUUUAGUGUUGAGCAAAUCUUUCCUGAUGUUUAUUGAAUUUGGCCACUUUCACUGAUAUUUAAUGAGAA